AGAAAGCAAUAUGGCGGCUGUUGUACCUCAGAUUCAACAGAAUGAUUCGUGGUAUCUCUCUUUACUGGGACUGGCUGAGGCUUUCAGGACUGCGAGUCCGCCAAAAAUCAAGUUGUGUAUCCACUGUCUUGAGUCGAUAUUUCAGUUCAAGCCGCCGCCUCAGAUCGAAAUGAGAACGCACGUCCAACUGGGCACGUUAUUGUUCACACAUACUAAAAACACAGAUCUGGCAAGGUCGCAUCUCGAAAAAGCGUGGCAUCUUUCGCAGAGUCUAAAUUCAUUUGAUGAUGUCAAAUUUGAAGCUGCCAGCAUUUUAGCAGAGAUAUAUCAACACAUGAACCAACCACAGUUAGCGAAACCUGUGUUACGCAAAGCUAUUGGAAUAUCACAACAGUCGGCAUACUGGCAUUGUAGGCUUAUAUUCCAGCUGGCACAAAUCCAUACAUUUGAAAAGGAUUAUAUAUCGUCAUGCGAGUUACUUGGUCUAGGCGCUGACUACGCUUGCAUGGCAAACUCGGAAUACACACGAUGUCUCUUUCUACUCAGCAAGGGCAUGCUUUUAUUAUUAGAAAAGAAAUUAACAGAAGUUCAUCAAGUGUUGUCAACGUGUGGAGGAUUAAUUGAGUCUUGUCGGAACAAUCCGACACACCAGGAAUCACUCAAAGUAUUUUUCCUAGUUCUACAAGUCUGCCAUUUUCUCGUAGCUGGGCAGGUGAAAAGUGUCAAACCAUGUUUAAAACAAUUGCAGCAAUCGAUACAGGCCAUUACAGUCUUGCAUUCAGACGACGAGCCACCCUCCAGUAACCCAGCUGAUCUGUUUCAUUGGUUGCCAAAAGAACACAUGUGCGUACUGGUAUAUUUGGUGACAGUAAUGCAUUCAAUGCAGGCGGGGUAUAUGGACAAAGCCCAGAAGUACACAGACAAAGCCUUGCUCCAAAUUGGCAAAUUAAAAAUAUUAGAUUCCCAUCCAAUACUGUCAGCAUUUCAACUUAUGUUACUUGAGCAUAUUAUUAUGUGUCGGCUGGUCUUGGGAAAUAAAUCAUUGGCAAUACAAGAGAUUUCCCAGGCAUGCCUAGUUUGUCAGCAACAACCACGACUAUUUACAUUGCACGGAGCGCAGCUACAUACAUUACUAGGACUCUACUCAAUGUCAAUGAAUUGUAUGGAAAGUGCAGAAGCACAGUUUACUACGGCACUUCGGUUAACCUCACAGACAGAAUUAUGGAUUUUUAUAUCAUUAAAUCUUGCUAUUGUGUAUCUCAGGUGUGGCAAACAACAUGAGACGAUAACGUUGCUGGAACGAAUUAAUCCAGAGAAUCUUGCCACAAGUUCGCACAGUCUAAAGGCAGCCGCAUUUUACGUCAAAGGACUACAGUCAUUCUUUCAAACUAGAUAUAAUGAAGCAAAGAGGUACCUUAGAGAAGCAUUAAAAUUGUCAAACACGGAAGACCUUAAUCGAUUGACAGCGUGUUCUUUAGUUUUAUUGGGACAUAUAUUUUUAUCAUUGGGAAAUUCAAGGUUUUUGUGUCGUAUAACUGAGAAUGAAAGGGAGGAAGGGAUAAGAUACACAGAUACAUUUGCACUACUUAAAGAUUUAUAUCAGAUUAGCGGUGAUUCAAUCAGAGAGGGGGAAGGAUACCAGAUGCAUGCCACAUUCUCACAACAACUACUCAAGGACCAUUUCCAGUCAUCACAACAGCCAGAACAUAACCUUAUACAGUGGACGGAAGGUCCUUGUCCUGUUCAGCAACCUCCUGAUGGUGCAAGUACAAGUUUAUUAUAG